GUCGACGCAACCUCCCCUUCCUCCUCCUCGUCUAGCAGCAGCAGCAGCAGCCGCCGCGUAGUGAAGAACCAGUGGGACAUCAACAGCGCGGCCCCCGAGUCGGAGGAAGAGGAGGAGGGCGGCGGGGGGAGUCGCGGCAGACCCCAGCCACCGCCUGGUUCCUUCAGUGCUCCUGCCCCAGUCGGCGAGCCGCCCCUGCAGCAGCCGGAGCCUUUUCCGUCGCAGGUGCCAGCCGAGGAGCCGGACUUGGUGAUCGAGGUGUCCGGGCGGCGGAUCCGGGCGCACAAGGCGGUGCUGGCGGCCAAGAGCGACUAUUUCCGCGCGCGCUACUCGCGGGACAUCCUGCGCGUGAAGGGGGUGAGCUACGGAGCGCUGCGCCUGCUGCUGGAAUACGUCUACACGGCGCGCAUGGGAGAGGUGCGGCACGAUAACCUGGCUGAGGUGGUGAGCGGCGCCCGCGUGCUCCAGAUGCCAUGCGCUCUGCACUGCGCUGCCGAGGCCAUGCGGGCCCAGCUCAGCCUCGAGAACUGCUACCAGCUCCUCUGCCUGGCCAAGAAGCAGCGGCUGGCGGAGCUGCGGGAGGCCGCCUACCGCUUCAUGAGCGACCACUACCUGCAGGUGUUGCGCGAGCCCUCCGUCUACGGCCGCCUCAGCGGAGCCGAGCGGGACCUCAUCCUGCAGCGCCGCCUGGAGGCCGGCAAGGCCUGCCUGCUGGUGGCCGAGGUGAGCGACGCCUUCGAGAGGCUCAGCGCGGGGAGCCGCCCGCAGAGCCGUGAGAGCAGCCGCCCGCAGAGCCCUUCUUCCGUGGUGUCCUUGGAGGAGAGCAGCUCCCUGCUUUACAGCUACCAGGAGGGGGCCCAGGAGUGGCGGGUUCUCACCCGCUUACCCGAGGAGGCCAACGCCAAGGGGUGCGCCAUGUGCGUCCUGUACAACUACCUUUUCUUAGCAGGUGGACUCUGCACCAGCCCUGGAGACCAGCGGCCCAAGCUGUCGGACAAGGUUUUCUGCUACAACCCCUUGACUGAUACCUGGAGCCAGGUGAAACCAAUGGGGCAGCCUCGCUCUCAGCUGAAGCUCCUGGCCCUGGACGGUUACCUCUACGCAGUAGGGGGGGAAUGCCUCUUUACAGUUGAGAAGUAUGACCCGCGGGCAGAUCGGUGGAGCCCAGUGGCCCCUUUGCCCAAGGGUGCUUUUGCUGUGGCUCACGAGGCUACCACCUGCAAUGGGGAGAUCUAUGUGUCAGGGGGGUCCCUUUUCUACCGUCUCCUCAAGUAUGACCCCAAGCGGGAUGAGUGGCAGGAGUGUCCUUACAACAGCAGCCGGCGGCGGUCUGCUGACAUGGUGGCCUACAAGAGCUUCAUUUACCGCUUUGAUGUGAGCAGCAGUCGCGGGGAGCAAGGGCAGGGGGGCGGCGUGGAAGUCUUCCAGUACAACACGGUGGCCAAGCACUGGCGUCAGUGCGCGUCCUUCCGCCCCACUGGCAGCCCAGUGCAACCAUUUCGCUGUGCUGCAUUGGGCAGCACCAUCUAUUGUGUCAACCGGACUGGGAUGUUGAGCUUUAACCUGUCUCAGAAUGGUGAGGUGGAAGCCGAUGGGGGACUUAAAGGCACCUUUGACACAGAACUGCUCAAAGCCCCAUUUGAUUCUAAAGGUCUCCUCCUCCCAUUUGUGCUUAUCCUCCCCGAGAAAGAGAAAAUUGGGGAGCCAGGGAGUCCUCUAACAUUGUGAGAGCUGACCUGGUAUUGGGAUCACUGCCUAGCAUGCAAUUUGUCUCUCUGCUCUGACCCCCUUUAUCGAUGUCAACAGCAUAGGGCUUUUACUGAAGCGUGGAUGAAGGCAGGCGCAAGCUCUCCAGUCUUGGGUGGUAACGAUGGUUGGGCUCCAGAGGCAAUAUAAGUAGUGGAAGCUAAUCCAAGGUGGAAAGGCACCAGUACAUAACACCUCCUUUGAGGGUGUAGAAGCAAAUAGGAGACGAUUGUCAGACGUGUCUUUAAUUCAUGCAUGCAUGCGCCACUGUGGGGAAUUGUGUUCCACCUAAAGUGUUGACUAGCUGUUCAAAGACUUCCUUGCUGUACUUCAUGUAGGAAAGAAUUCAUCUCUUGGCACUCAUGUAAACCAGCCAGUGAAAAGCUGCUAAAACAGAUUUAAUUGUAGAACCAUAUUUGCACCCCUUUCCAAUCUAGAAGUAUGUUGGAUCUGUGUAAAAUGGUGGAAACAACCAAUUUUUAAAGGAAUUUCAAUUAUGGCAGUGCUUUCUUUAUACAUACAAAUUUUUGAAAGAAGAUUCUUCUAGGCCGCUUCUGCUUGGUUUUCUUGCUCCUGGAUGCAAGUAGUACUUAGAGGCCACAGGAAGACAAGGUGGGAAGGGAUCAGUAUGCCAUUUAGGAAGUUUAAUAGGCAAAAACAAUACUUGUAUGAAAAAGCAAUAGGCAAUCAUCCAGGUCCUAAUUUUUUUGUUGUUUUUGUUAAGUUCAGUAGAAUCUUUAUUGAAGACAUGGCAUUGUGCAGCCUCAGGAAGUUGCAACAAUAGUGGAUGAUUUAACAGAAGCAAAACCUAAGGCUUGAAACAAGUAACAUUUCUCCCAUUUGUAUAUAUUGGGGGAAAAAAGGAAAGUAAAAAAGAAGCACCAAUGCAUCUAUUCAGUUCUGGUUUUGCUUUUUUUUAACAUGCAACUUUUUUGGACAAGAUUGAUUAGAAAUAUAUAAUCAGUUUUAGUCUUAACAUACACUGGUGUUUUUUAAACACAGUUUUGCACUGUAACCUACAUAUUCAAAUCUUUACAAAUUGGCAGGAAUGAACAUACUAUAAAAUUUCAAUAAGGGAGAUUUUUGUUUGCAUAAGAUUACUAUUGUUAUCUGCAGAUCAGUACUUAUCAAGGUAAACCAACUGCAACUUACUUGAAAUGUAUUGAAAGGCUUCGCUUUUUUGUCCAGAAUCUUUUAAUAAGAAUUUCUUCUUCUGUGGUUCAAAUAAAAAAAUGAGUAGUUUUUAAGCCAGCUGAUUUCCAUUUUGCACUGGUAGUGCACUGGAUUGUAAAUGAGAGCGGUUUUAUUAUAGUUAAUAAUUCACUAGUCAAGUUCAUUAUAUACAGAGGUCAUAUCCUUUUUCUUCUUAAAUCCUUUGUUGAGUCAUUGCUUACUAAGUAGCCCAUUUUGAGAAAGAAAGUAUCAACCUUCAUACUUGUAGGCAUCUGGAACUGAAAUAUUUUCAGUUAAUUCAUCUUUAUUUAAUUCGAUCAGCUGCCUUCCAAAGUGCUGCCCCAAUUAAUUUUUCAAAUUAUCAGUAGCACAGCUGACCAUUCAUAUCCAGUCAUUGAUUGGGCUCACAUGCCGUGCUGAGCCAUACUUUGAGUAAUCAUGGUUGGUUGGCUAAGUCACAAUUGCUUUGGUUCACAGACCAUACUAAGACCUAAACUGGUGCGCACAUUGUAAUGAUUAGGUUUACAUAUCAUGGUAAGCCAGAACCAAGCAAUUCAUAUUAUGACUUAGUACAUUCUGUUUUUAUUAAUUUUUAUUUCUUACAAUAAAGAAAAAACUACAACAAAGCCCAAACAAAAAAUUAUAGAAAGACAGAAGAUUCAUAUAUGUAUAUGUGUGUAUGUAAAUUAAACCUUGAUCACACACAGAAGUAUUAAAUCUGACUUUAUGUCAAUAUAGGACAAGUUCAUAGGCAGAGUGUAAAUGUGCUCCAUCAAUCCAUGUUUUAAAACUGGCAUGAGAGAGUCUGUCCACAGAAAGAAAACCAUUUUUAAAUUUUUUUUUGCAGUAGUCCAUGCCUGAUAAAUUCAGUUUUUCAUAGGUUGUUAAAUUCCAUAUUUUGGAUAUAUGGUUAAACAUUACAUUAAAAGCUUUGAAUCUUACUUUUCUUCCCAAUGCUCUAUUAAAAUAUUUAUUAAUGCUAAACCAAAAAGGGAUCACUUGGUAUCUCUUCCACUGUUUUACAGAUCCAGCAUACUGAGGAUGAAAUCCAACCCUUACUUAACAUGACUUAGUAUGUCUCCAGCCAUGGACUGGUUUUGAAAGUCCCCUCAGGUUCAUAAGCAGCUUGCCCUGAGCAUGGGGGAAGAGGCUUGCUGGCUUUGGGGUGGGGUGGGGUGGGGUAACAACCUAACUAGGAAGUGAUAAUAUGUAUUGCAUUGUUGCAAUACAAACUCUGCCCCUUACAUAUUUUGCAAGUUAUGUUACAGUGCAAGCAUGAAAGGGCAGAAUCUGUCUUAUAAUGCCCUGAAAUAUGGAUCAUUCUCUUGGGAUCAUUGUGAUUAGGAAUGCCUGUGCAUUCUCCCAUUUACAGUAUCGUUAAGGUCUUUUAGUUUUUAAACACGGAAUUUUGUGGACUUCAUUGUGUAGGUACUCAUAAACAAACUGCCCAAAUUUGGGUUUGCAUAUUUCCAAAAGAGUGUCACAGAAAUUGAUUAAUCCCAAUUUUUUAAAAGGUGGAAAAUUUAAUUCUUAAAUCUGUUUUUCAUUCUAUCUCCCUUGAAGGACUUUGCUUCUCUUUUUAUCUUUACCCAGGUGCAGUUUGGCUAGAAGGAGACUCAGGAGCUCAGCCCUAGUGACUAAGGGAGGUUUUGAACCAAUAUGCUUUCCUCUAAGCUCAUGCUAAAUAUUCAGCCACAAUAGUUUUAAAUCUUUCAGCAUGAAUUCUGCUAUUCGGCUCUUAAGCUUUCAAAUAACAGAUCACUAAAAGGGUGCAUUUAUUUUAGUCAUAGGAUUUCCUACAAAACUGACUACUUUAUAUAACAUACUAACUCAAAAAAACUGAUGUUAGGGUUGGAGUGUUGCACCUGCGGCAUUGAUGUAUGAGGAUUUUUGGUAUGCUUCACCCUCUGCUCCCUGGGACCUUCUCCAAUGUGUAUGCCUGCAGUGCAGUGGAACAGUAGAGAUGUGAGAAAUCUUUCUAGACUUCUCGCAUUCUUCUUUUGCUGUCCCCAAGGCUCGACAGCUUCGUGGAAGGAAGGAGAGAACAGGGAGAUGGGAUGGGAACCUUACUCUAAUUUUAGCAUAUGGAGAUGGGAAAAGAAUAUACAGUGCAUAAAGGGUACUAGGUCCAAGAUCUUUACUGAUGAUAAUUCAGGGCAGAUUUGACCUUGAUGCUGGAAGGAGCUAUUUAAAGCACAUAAUUUAAUUUCAGAGAAGGGCUGUAGAAAAUAUUUGAUUAAAAUACUCACUUUUUAGCAAGAUGCCAAGGUUAUAAUUUAUGAUUUCCAAAGGAAGCCAGUAAUUCCUAUAAUAAAAGGUAUCAGGAGUGAAAAUCAAAAUAUUAAUUUACAUUCACUGUGGUUUUUUUUAAUAAUGAAACACUUUUUAAAUUGAUAUCACAGUUGUGAAAUGUUUAGAUACACAUGUUAUUUUUUAAAGCAGAUAGAUAUGACAGGAUAUCUAUUAAAACUGGUGAAUGUGAAAUUUAAAACUUCAAACGACCUUUUCUAAGAUGAUUAUAGUUUAUAUAUUUCUCUGCAAUCUCAGAGUUUAGGACCAAGCCAUGACAGCAUUGAGUAAUAAGUUUGCUUGUUUACUGUUUAGAUUUUAGAUUUCCUUACCGAUCAAUAUGGUUUACUCACAACCUUUCUCCUUGAUUAAAUAAAUAAAUAAAUAAAUAAAUAAAUAAAUAAAUAAAUAAAAUGCAUGUUAGAAUGCAGUGGAACUUACUAAGUUUUAUUGCGCUAAUUUUAGUUAUCACAUCCCUCAGGUUCUUUUUAAUCCUGAUCCAGUCCUGCAUUUGACACUGUCUGCAGGAAACUCUGCUUCCUUCUCAUCCUUUUCUUUUGUCAGGCUUUUCUAGUUUUAACAUGGUAAGGAGGUGGGAAGCUGAAUUGUAUGCCUAACUAGGUGUAAAUGACUAUUUGGAAAAAAACCCCAAAUAUUUCAAGAGUGAAGUAUAACCUCUGUCAGAAAAAGACUGGAUAUGUAUCUAUAGAGGCAUCUCUAAUUCAGUUUAAAAUGCUCUGAAUUAACUCACAUACUAUUCCAUACACAAAUAAAAGAAGAAGAAAGUACGUUUAGAUAAACUGAGCUCUGUCUUGCUGCACACUUCAAGGAACAAAUGAUGAAAUACAGUUUCCUGAGUAUUUCAACAUUUUGUUUGAGACAGCAUUUUUAUAAACGUUUAUAAUGAAUAAGCUAAACCUUCCAGUUCUAUUUUACCUGUUUAACUGGGUAGUAUCUUUAAAUUCUGUACAAAGUCAGUGUAACUAUUUCAUUUCAUUAAUGUCUCAUGAGGGUUCCAGAAAACAUCCUUCCUCUGCCUGCUAAUUAUCUUCCUAUACCUCAAAGAGUUUGCAAGUAAUUUGAUGCAGAGAAUGCUGGCUUCCAUCCUAUUAAGCAAGGACAUUUCUAUUACUGCAGUGACAUUUCCCAUUUCUCUCCUCUGCAGUACUGUGCCCCAGAUCUGCUCCAGUGUGUCCCUCAGAACUCCGGAGCAAAUUUGAGAGUGGAAUUGUGGAAGGUAGAGUGAAAGUAUUAGAAUUGUGUAAAAUUAUGCAACUGAAUCUAGUCUGUUAUUAAGCAGAUUGGAGGAAAUGUUGACAAGUACUAUUUAUAUUUCUACUCUUUCACAUAUAUAAAUCUUAAAUUCUACAAUACUAGCAUAAUUGUGUUCUUGAAUUCAAAGUUUAAGCACAGUUGAGUAUUUCCAGGGCCAUAAUCUGCACUUAAUUACUAGCCAUUUCACUUCAUUUCCUUUAUGUGAGGCCUACAUAAUCAUACCCAUAUGAUUGAUUCUUCUGGCAACAUAUGGGAUACUUCUAAAUUGAUUUCCUGCUCAGUGCCUUUCAUUUUUUUCAUGCAAAGAUUCCAAAUCAGGCCUGUGGCAUCAUUAAUUUUUCAACACUAAGUUGGUUAAAUGAAUAGCCAGCAAGUUUUUACACCAUGCAUUACAAGUAAAUGGAAAUUGGACUGAAUGAUUACACUGAAGGCGUUUUGUUUUAUACAAAUCCUAUUUGUUCCAUGAAGUCUUUCAAAGAAGCAGCUGGGAAAGGAUUGAUCCAGUGUCUGAAGUACAAAAGUUUGCAUUCAUAAAAUGAGAAUGAUGCUGAUCAUACCUGUCCAGUGAAUCAAAUUGAGUAUGCACAAUGAGUUCAUAAAUGAACACCUGAUACAAUUUCAACUGCUUAAAAAGAAUAAAUUAUUCCUAUAAAA